AUGUCUGUAGGGGCGCGAUUCCAUCCGUUAUUCUUUAUUAAUUCGUUUGAUCUCACGUUGUCUUCUCACGUCCCCGAGUCGCAUAUACCCGUUUCAACCGUGUCUCCUGCAAAUCGCAGAGCACUUGACGAGACCUACGAAAUUUACGACCCAUCCACGCUCACGAACGUUUCGCCGCAACGCCAGCAGCAGUCUGCUCACGAUCCUGCUCUUCCCCCUACUCAAUCUCCCCUACCUCGUCCGUCAAGCGCUACUGGCAGUGGCCGCUCAUUGCGAAGGGUCACUCCUCGACUUGAAGAUCGACACGCCAUCCAUCGACGUGCUGUUUCGAUAGAUGAGACAGCGCUCCAGAACCUAGACCUCAGACCCGCCGAACAGGGCUCCGCAGUUCCCCCGCAAAACCCACCGGGUCUAGCUGGUGGAAUCGCAGACCUACCUCCAGCCCUUUCGGAAGUACAAACCGAGGGUGAGGAGUCUACGACUCAGACACCGCACCCGCGGCUACUGGAAUCAUACUGGCCUCCUAGGUCUGGUCGUGUAUCUCCACGAACCGCCUCGGCGAUUUUCUGGGUUCUUGAAGAAGCCAUACGGAGGCCUUUCCCCUUUACACCAGACUUGGACGAAGAGAACGCUUCCAUGUCUGAAGUCAUGAGCGGAGGUGGAUCGCCUGCUCCGGGAAUGAACCCUCGUGCUCAGAAUGGCAGCUCUCGUUCAGCGCAGGGCCCUGUCCCUGUGCACACGCAACCUCCCAGCGGUGUCCGAACACCGACGGACAUCAUGAGGCAGCGUCGGGACCGGGAAGCCCGAAAGAAGGCAGAAAAAGAAGCCAAGGAGAGAGAACAACAGGAAGCCGAAAUGAAACGGCAGCAGGAACAGGAACAGAUGACACAAGCGCAGACUCAAUAUACUGCUGCUGGCGUUGCCGGCGAUACGGCUUCGCAGAAGGUCGGAAUUGCUCCUCAGCAAGAUCCACGAAUCAGACAUGACCGGGGUGGUGGUAGCGUGUCCGUUGUCCCUCCUACAGGAUUUCAACAAACAUCGGCUCCUGGUGCAACACAGAGACAGGAGACCGGCAAUGUUGGUACAGCCGAACGCCCACGGGCAUCGACCAUUGCUCAAGGGCAGCCGAAACCUGUCCCCCCUAAUUCGCAACAACCUCCACAUGCAACUUCUGCGGGUUACGCUCCGCAGCAGUCGUCGCAAUUCCAACCGAGACCACCCGGCAUGCCAUCGCAGACCGGCCCGCAACCAGCUGCUAGCGGACCGCAGCAACCGCAGUCAUCUCAAGGCUCCCAAUCACAGCCACGUCGAGCAACUUUCCCUCAUGCUUUCGAACGGUGGGAAACGUUGUCUUCUCACUGGGAGGGUCUCACGGGGUAUUGGAUCAGAAAGCUCGAGCAGAGUAACGAGGAGCUGAGCCGUGAUCCUAUCAGUCAGCAGUUAGCUCGCCAGGUCACUGAUCUGUCUGCUGCUGGAGCGAAUCUUUUCCAUGCGGUUGUGGAACUUCAGCGAUUGCGGGCCUCUUCCGAGCGCAAGUUCCAGCGAUGGUUCUUCGACACACGGGCAGAGCAAGAACGCGCUCAAGAAAAGCAGGCUGAGUUGGAACGACAGCUCCGAGUGGAGCGCCAGCAGCGUGCUGAAGCGGUAGCCUCCAGUCAAAAAUCUGAGAGUGAAAAGGCGAAGGCGGAGCAAUUGGUGAAAGAGAUGCGCCGCGAACUCCAGAUCUCGAAGGAAGAGGCCCGGCGAGCAUGGGAAGAAUUGGGUCGAAGAGAACAGGAAGAGCGUGACCGCACAACUUCUCUUCGCAACGGUGAGCCCACUCUUGUAGGAGGAGUGCAGGUGGUCCCGAUGAUCCAAGGGGUUCCCAGCCGACAAGGUGGAACAAAUCGACCUCCGACGCGCGAAGGCCCGUAUCCAGGCGGUCCAGGACCGUCCAGCAUGGGAGGCCAGGGACCCCAGGGACCCCAGGGAUCUGGUUCUGAGGAGCAAUAUUACGAGGAACAGCCCUCUUCUCCAACAGAGGACCCAUUCAUCGAGGGUGGCCGACCCAGUACCACUCAGAGCCAAGUCCCGUCGUCAGGCGCUUACUCACACGGCCAAGAGACAGGACGGUUCUAUCAGCAUGAAGGAUCUGCCCUUCACGCUGGUCGCCCGACUUCCGAGCCAGACGAUCAAUCUUACCGUCCUAGCACUGUCGGUACUGAAAGCGACUUGGGCGAAGAAGAGUAUGGAGCUGACCCUGGCUAUCGUCGUGACCCUGAAGGUCGUCGCACGUACCCUCGUGCCAUGUCCGAGGGCAGUGAGGAGUAUGAAGGAGAGCCUGAAGAAGAACAGGAAUACAGUGGCGAUUAUACCAGCGGAGCUGGCUAUGGAAGCUUGCCGGCCGCUACCACUGGAGCGCCUCUCCAUUCUGGCUAUGGUCAGGGCGUCGACUACAGCGGUUCCACCUGGGGAAGUGGUUGGGACUCCGUCACUCCCCGACACAGGCAUCCCACACGCCUGAGCGAUGUCAUUGAAGAGGAUGAGAGAAGCCGCACGAGCCCAAGCCGUGCAAGUCAAGCCAGCAGGGGUAUGCAGUAGAGGCCGCAGCCGGGGAUGAACAGUACCAGAUCCAACGGUGGUUUCAACAUCCAAGUCAUAUGUCUUGCUGUUUCACGACACAUAUACCAUUUCGCUUCGUGGUCGAUAUUCCUA